AUGGAUGUCGACCCUCUACAUACCAUCGACAAUAUGUUGUCCGAACCUGAACUAGAUAUCAAUUUUUCUCAGUUAGAAAAUAUCGAUGCUCGUCGACAGCAGACGGCAUCAAAAGGCCUUUUUGCGCGAAGCGUUUUGGCUCUACGGAACAAUGUCCCUACGACUUCCCUCCCCAAAGAUACGGCAGCACCUCCAUCGAUUCCUGUAGCCUCGACAACUUGCACAGCACCUGCUCUUUUCGACAAUCAGCUUUUUGUGGGCCAGCCGGCGGAUAAUGCCUUCGACGAUGAGAUUGAGCGGCUUCGGCAAUUUGUGGCCGCCCAAAAUGGAAAGGUGAGCGAAAGCAAUGGCCUUACAACCAUGUCCCUGGAGCCAGACCAAGUAUCUACUGAAAUUUCGAGUGGUGCGAUGGCCAUUGAAAAUUUGGUAAAUUUGGAUGAGCCCCAGCCUGUGGUAGCCUCAUCGUCGAAAUCCUCUGAAGCCGCUAAGGCACCUGCGGUUACAGGGAUUCAGGGACCGGUUGAUGAAAGUGCCGCGUCUGAAUGGCCUGAGGCACAGGAAGAAGAUUCUACAGGGCUCGAGAUUUUGACUGGGCCCUGGAACCCAGAAUUAAUUGGUAGGUUCGAUAUCAUCCAGUCAUGGUACAAUACCCUUGAGAACCCAAGUCUGGAGGAAACUGUACAGUAUGAAAAAGCAAAGCAGCAAGAGACUCGCCGCAGGGAGAGGAUUGCCAGUCGGAUGACUCUGGAAGAGCUCCAGACAGAACAGAACCUUGAGACUGUCCUGGAAUUCUCUGAGGAUGAGUUGGCCGAGUCGUCGUUUGGAUCAUUACAAGGAGACACUGGUGAGCGCUCGGAUGCGGCUUCUGCAAACCGACCUUCGAAAAGCGUACGAAAGCAGAAGAAUAGGGUCUCUGCUGCAGAAAGACGCAGAAACGCAUUUCUCAAGCCCGAUGUUAUCGCAGACGCUCAAGCAAACGCUGGGCUUCCAGCAAUUCCAAUAUCUAAUUCCAAAAACAAGAAAAAUGCCCUCACUGAACUUGUCGCUAGCAUCCCUUCUGCCGAUCAGGACCAGGCCAAGUCUGACAAGCAGAAAAUCCUCAACGCAACCACAAAGUUCAGGAACAAAGCAAGAGCUGAUGGCAAGGGCGGGUGGAGGAUCAAGGGCAUGAAGACAAGUCUGUUCCAUCAUCAGCUUCUCGGUGUAGCGUUCAUGCGUGAUCGAGAAAAUUCGACCAGUCCACCCUACGGGGGCUUUCUUUGCGAUGUUAUGGGUUAUGGCAAAACAAUUCAGGCUUUAGCCAAUAUUGUCGACGGAAGAUGCAUUGACCCAGACGAUCCCGUCAAAACGACAUUGAUCGUUGUUCCACCUCAUCUUGUCGGGCACUGGGAGUGCCAAGUCCUUAAGCAUUGCGAGAAGGACGCCGUUGGUGACGUGCUUGUAUACUGUGCUCAGUCCAGACUGCGUACCCUCAACCUUAUUCAAAGUAUGCAAAAGUAUAGUGUCAUAAUUACAACAUACGACGAGGUCAGACGCUCGUAUCCACGGUUGGAGCGCAAAGAGGGACAUUCAAUCAAGAAUCAUCUUGCCUCUACGUCAAUCGCUGUCCGUGCACUCACUGGCCAUCACAAAUGGAUUUUGAGUGGAACGCCCGUGCCUAACUUCAUUACUGAGUUCUAUCCGCACUUCGAUUUCCUGGACUAUCCGGACACGAAUGAUUACAGUCAGUUCGUGAAACGCUAUUGCGAGGACGAUGAAGCCCAGCAGCGCCUUCGAAAUCUAUGUCGAACAUAUCUCCUCCGUCGGACGCAUUCCAGUCGACUCUUCUCGUUGCCUAUCAUCAAAUUGCCUGGUAUCGGCGAGAAAGUCGUCGAGGUAGAUUUCUGUGAUGUGGAAAGAAGAAUAUACGACGAGGUUCUCGAGUUGUUCAUUUCAAAUAUCAAUGGUCUCAGCGAAGACACGAAUCCGCGUCUCGCCCAGUGUCGAUGCUUUCUCACUAUGAUCUUGAAACUGAGAAUGAUCCCUAGUCAUUUGCUCACGACUCAAGAUCUUGUCAAGAAGCUAUUGUCCCAGUUCCUUAUGAGGGAUCUUGCCGAAAUUGCAAGAGGAACAAGAGAUCCUGACCACCCUUCAACCCAGAUCAUAAAAUGGUUUGUCACUUUGAAGAAAGGUGUUUCUCUGCCCGCCGCACAACCAGAUAACGAAGAUCCGAGCCAGUCGAGGAGUGAACUUAACGGGGACAGAGAAGAGCUUGUCAAACAAUUUCACAAGUUCAUGGCGGAGCUUCACGAGAACGGGCAAUGGGACGAGCGAUUGAGAAGAAGCAGCUGCCCUCGCUGCGAGUUUACUCCAAUUGGCCCAAUCAUCACCAGCUGCAUGCAUCUGUAUUGCGAAGAAUGCUAUUACAUUCUCAAAAAUAGUCUCGCUUCUGCGGAUGGGAAGCCGAUAUGUCAAAUAUGCAACAGCCCUAUCGCGGAGGCUGCAUAUUGCGGCACGGCCGAGACUAUUGUACUCAAAGAGCCGCCAGUCCCUUCCAAUUCGACUCAGAAAAACAGGACGAAACCAUCUUCUCGGAAAAAAUCAAGCAGAUUGUUUGGUAGUCGGAUGUUCUCAACCGCCGCACAACGAUCACGAAUGAGGCAAACAGAUGAUGAACCACAACACGAAGACGAGGAGAUAGAUUGGGUUUUAGGCAGUCAAGGGGAAAUGCCUGGUGCAAAGGUUGCUAAGAUUCGGGAACUGGUCGCUAACUGGAUUCGAGAAGAUCCGGACGCCAAGGUUGUUAUCUUCACCCAAUUUCUUGACUUCGUUCGACUCUUUUCCUUCAUAUGCUCCAAGGAAGGCUGGCCGCACUGUCGUUUGACGGGAAAGAUGUCAAUGGGAGCUCGCGACCUGAGCAUGAAGGAGUUCAGGGAGCAGCGAGAAGUGAAAGUGAUGAUUGCAAGUCUCAUGGCCGGUGGUACAGGGCUCGACAUGUCCAUGGCAAACAAAUGUAUCCUUGUGGAUCUCUGGUGGAAUGAAGCCAUGCAGCAGCAGGCAUUCUGUCGACUGUACAGAAUAGGGCAAGAGAAAGUGGUGGAGAUUGUCAAAGUCAUCGUGCGAAACACUAUUAACGACUACAUCCUCAAACUCCAAUUGAGAAAGUCGGCGGACAUCAACAGCACUAUUGGUGAAGAAGCAUUGCAGAAACGAGACACAAUCCUUGACCUUCUUGAAAUGUUCGCAGAAAUCGAGGUGCAAGAGAAUGGCGGCGUCAGAGUCGAGUUGCGCCACAAGGGAAAACAAGGCGACGAAGGCAACCAACAAGGCAACCAACAAGGCAACCAACAAGGCAACCAACAAGGCAACCAACAAGGCAACCAACAAGGCAACCAACAAGGCAACCAACAAGGCAACCAACAAGGCAACCAACAAGGCAACGCGAAGCGAUUCAAGGGCAAAGAACGUGAUAACGGCAUUGGCUCUUCAACUUCGUGCUCGUCAAGUGCUUGA